AAUUUUCCUGUCUAAAUGCUUGAAAAUUGAAAAUCCCAGAUGAGAGGCUUACUUUAAACUUGAAAACAUCCAAGGAUUAAUUUGUGGGGUUACUUGAACCUAAGUAGUUACUUUUCUGGCAUGAAGGUUUUGAUGGAAUUGAGAUGCAUGGGGCUCAUGGCUACCUAAUCGACCAGUUUAUAAAGGAUGAGGUGAAUGAUCGAACAGACCAAUACGGUGGAUCUUUAGAGAACCGCUGCAGAUUUGCUUUAGAAAUAGUUGAAGCUAUUGUUAAUGAGAUUGGAGCAGACAAAGUGGGGAUAAGACUGUCUCCCUUUGCGGAUUACAUGGAAUCAGGAGACUCUAAUCCAAAAGCAUUAGGCCUCUACAUGGCUGAGGCCUUGAAUAAAUAUGGGAUUCUCUACUGCCAUAUGGUUGAGCCAAGAAUGAGAACAGCAGUUGGAGAUGAAUGUGUAUGUCCUCACAGUCUUCUUCCCAUGAGAAAGGCUUUCAAAGGAACCUUCAUUGCUGCUGGGGGAUACAACCGGGAAGAAGGAAACGAAGCAGUGGCUGAAAAUCGUGCGGAUCUUGUGGCAUAUGGGCGUUUCUUCUUGGCCAAUCCAGAUUUGCCAAGGAGAUUUGAACUCAAUGCUCCACUCAAUAAAUACCACAGAGAGACUUUUUAUACCUCUGAUCCUGUUGUUGGCUACACCGAUUAUCCCUUUUUGGAGUCCACCGCAUGAGUUUACCAAAGUGGAGAACUGGAAAUUCUCCCAUGUGUAAUGAAUAAUUCUCUCUUUU